AUGUCUGAUGAUUAUUAUUUAUACUCUGAAAAAGAAUCUUAGUCAAAAUCUAAAUCAGAAUCUUAGUCAGAAUCAUAAGAUUAUGAUGAUGAAGUAAUUUUUAUGAUUUAUCUUUUUAGCUUUAGCUAUGGAUUAAUGAUUGCUAUAUUAAUAAAUAUGAUAUCAUAGAAAUUCUUGAUAAAUUGGAAUAAACAAAGAACUUAAAAAAUAAAGUCAAAUAUCUAUCUCCAAUUCACUAAUAAUUUGAUUCCUAUUAUUACUUAAUUGAAACAUUGGCUUUUGACUUUGUUAAAUAUGAAGAAGUAUUUUAAUACUUACUCAUGAUAUUAAAAUCUUAAAGCUUUGAAAACUAAAUUUCAGAAAGAUGUCAUCUAUUAAUUACUUAAACAACAUCAAUUGAUAACUUAGAGAAUGAAAUUUAAAAGCUUUUUCAAAUAUUUUAUUAUCUUAAAGAUAUUGAUAUGAAUACUCUUAAAUUAUCAAACAUUUCUUAAAUAUUUACUCUUCAAAAGAUUAUUGAAAUUAAUUACUCUGAUUAUCAAUUCAAUGAACUUUUUGAGGAAUUUGACUAAUUUUUAGAAAAUAUAUAGGAAAGUGCUAAAAUGUAUCAAUAUAAACAAACUCCAGCUUAUCCGAUACCUUUAGAAUUUAUUUAGUUCAAAAAUCAAAAUAAAUAAAUUUUUGGAUAACUUUAACAAUUUGAAUCUUUAGACGUACCAUUAGAAAGAUAUUUAGAUUAUCAUUUUAAUAUUCUGCGAGAAGAUUAUAUUUAUGAUAUGAGAAAAUCAAUAAGUUAUCUAUCUGAAAAAGGAUUCUAUUAGCAUAUAGACAAAAAUUACACUAAUAAUAUUGGUUUAUACUAAAAUAUAAAGUUGGAAUCAUAAGAAAUGGACAAUAAUGGCAUACUAUGGAAAAUAUCUUUAGAAUAAUUUAAUUUAGAUGGUAGAAAAUAGAAAAAUAUCGAUUGGUUUAGAUCAAAAAAAUUAAAUAGAGGUUCUCUAAUUUGUAUCACUAAUGUUGAAUGUCAUCCAUUAUUAUUUGGGGUAAUUACUGAUAGAAGUAAUAAAUAAAAUCAUUAUAAUGAAUUUAAGAGAAUUCAUCUAGUAUUUAAAUUUUUGGGUAAUAAAUCGUAUAUUAUGGAAUUUUUAAAUUUGUUAUAUUAAAAAACUAUUGUAAUUGAAAAUCAAAUUUUGAUUGAAUCUUAAAUUGAAUAUUUAGAAUCAAUAAAAAUGAUUUAAAGUUUGCCUUUUGAAAAUGUGCUUCUAAAAAAUAUGAAUUAUGUAUCUUAUCCAAAAUAUCUUAAAAAUAAAAAUGUUUUUUAAAUUGAUUUAGAUUUAAAACCUUUAUACUAAGGAGUAGGGAUUAAUUUAUGGAUAUAAAAUUGGCCUUAUAUGAAUUCAACUUUGGAUGAUUCUUAAUUGAAAGCUAUAAAACUAAUUCUUUCUUAAGAAGUUGCAUUGAUUUAAGGACCUCCUGGAACUGGGAAAACUUAUUGUGGUAUAUUAGCUGUAAGAAUUUUAUACGAAAAUUUGUUAAGUUCAGAUAUGCCUAUUAUAGUAGUUUGCUAUACUAAUCAUGCCUUAGAUUAAUUUUUAGAACACAUCUUAAAAUAUAUUCCAAUUGAAUAAAUUGCAAGGCUUGGGGGGCGUUCAAAAUCUCCACAACUUUAAUAAUGUUUAUUUUAAUGUAAAUAAAAAAUUCGUUUUAAUUGGAAUUAUUUUUAUGGUCUCAAAAGUGAACUAAGAAAAUUAUUUAAUAAAUUAAUUUCUUAUGAAUACUCUUUAUAAGUUAAAGAUAUUCGAUAAUACUGGCCUUAAUUAUAUGAUAAACUAAUAGAAAAAUUUUUAGAUGACAAUGAUUUGAAUAAUUCAUAAGUUGAUAGUUUAGCUGAAGAUUCAAUUUUAGAUUGUUGGAUUAAAGGAAAACUUCCAAAUGAUUCAAUGUUAUGUACUCAAACGAAUUUAUUUGGAAUUAACAAUUACUAUACAAGAGAAGAUAUUACAGAUUAAGUUUUUACUAAUACUAUUAUUGAAAGAGAUAAAAUUGAAUUCGAUGAAGACUAUUAUGAAAAUGAAUCAAAUGAAGAUAUAGAUGAAUUUUUAGAUUCCGAGCAUGAAUACGAAUAAGAUGAUUAUGGUUAUCGAGAUCAAGAGUUACAAUUUGAAGAAAGAUAAAAUGAUGUAAUAUUAUAAAAUGAAUAAGAAUAAGAGUUAAAUGAAUAAGAUUAAAAUGAAUAAAAUUAAAAUGAAUAAGAUUAAAAUGAAUAAGAUUAAAAUGAUUAAUAACACAUAGUUUAAUCUUCUUAAGAGGUUUCUGAAUCUUCUGAUGAAUAAUCAUAAGAACAAUUUAAUUAUGAAAGUUCAUAGUGGUAGCCAUAAUAAUAAGAAUUAAAUGAAUUCGAUAUAUUUAAUUCAAAUCAUUAGAAUUAAGAUAAUUUACACUAUAAUUUUUAAGGAAUUGAAAAGAUUUAAUAAUAUUUGUAAAAUGAAAACCUAAAUCCAUGGGAACUUAAUAAUAAUGAUAGAGAUGAGAUUAUUAAAUAUUUGGAAUACUUAAAGUAUUAAGAGGAUUGUCUAAUAUUUUAGCAAAAAUACAAAGAAUUCAAAUAAAUGUCUAAAACUCUUAAAGAUCUUUAUGAGGAAAAAGAUAUUUUAUUCUUAAAUUAAUAUAAGAUUAUUGGAGCAACUGUUAAUGGUGCUGCAAAACAUAUUAAUAAAUUAAAAAAAUUAAAUUCAAAAGUACUGGUUAUAGAAGAAGCUGCAGAGGUUUUGGAAUCCCAUAUUGUAGCCAUUCUCACAAAAAACAUAUAACAUUUAAUUUUAAUAGGAGAUCAUUUAUAAUUAAGACCUCAACUAAAAUGUUAUGAAUUGGAAUAAACUUAUGAAGCAAAUAUUUCAUUAUUUGAGAGAUUAUAUAAGAAUAAUAUUCCAUCAGUUACACUAUCAUCUCAACGUAGAAUGAAAACUAAAUUUGCUGAUUUUAUAAGAAUUAUAUAUGGAAAUUAGUAUUUAGAUCAUGAGAAUAUAUAUCAUAAUAGAAACAAUAUGGAAAUUAUUGGUUUAAGUUAAGAUUUAGUAUUUUUCAAUCAUAAUUGGCUUGAAAAAGAUGAUUCAAAAUCAAAAGAAAAUCCCAAGGAAGCAGAAAUGAUUUUUUAAAUGGUUUAAUACUUAGUGAAAGUUGGAUAUCAAGAAUCAUAAAUAAGUGUUUUAUCACUUUAUUUAAGAUAAGCAUAAGUAUUAAAAAGGAAAUUUAUGACAAAGCAUUUAAGUUAAGUAAAAGUUUAGACAGUUGAUAAUUAUUAAGGAGAAGAAAAUGAUAUAGUAAUAAUUUCAUUGGUUAGAAAUAAUAAUAUUAACAAACUUGGAUUUAUUAAAGUUGAAAAUAGAAUUAAUGUAGCAUUAUCAAGAGCAAGAUUAGGUCUUUAUGUGUUUGGAUGUUUUGAUUUUAUAAAAAAGGCAUCUAAUACUGGGUCUUUGUGGAGAAAAAUAAUUGCAUUAGCAUAGAAUAAAAAUUAUUUAUAAGAUUUUAUAACAUUAAAAUGUUUAACACAUAAUACUUUAAGAAAAGUUGAGAAAUCAAAUGAAUGGUUUAAAUUAGAUGCAGGUUGUUGUUAAAUGACUUGCAAUGAACAAUUUGAUGAAUGUAAUCAUAUUUGUUAGAGUCAAUGUCAUUUAGGAAAUCACACUCGAGAUAAAUGUCCAGAAGAAUGUGAGAGAACACUUAAUUGUGGACAUAAAUGUAAUUUAAAAUGCAAAGAUUAAUGUAUUUGCACAGAAAAAAUAAAGACAAUUUUACCUGAUUGUAAUCAUGAGUCUUUAAUACUCUGUGGUAAGGAUCCUUCAAAAGAAUAUUGUUUAAAAGAUUUAGAGAUAUAUUUUUAAGAAUGUAAUCACACAGUUUUUUACAAAUGCUAUGAAAGAAAAAAUUUUAUUUAUAAAUGUCAACAUACUUGCCAGAAACAACUUUAAUGUGGUCAUAGUUGUUCAAAAAAAUGCUGGUAGAUUUGUUAUAGUUAUCCAUGUGAAGAUGAAUGUAUUAAAGCUAGACCUUGUGGUCACUCUGCUAAAUGUUAAAAUAUGUGUUCCGAAGAAUGUACUCCUUGUGAUUAAAAGAUUUUAAUUAAACUUGAUUGUGGUAAACAUGAAAUUGUAAAAAAAUGCAUCUAAAUCUAAAACUAUUUGAUUCAAGAUUUAAAGAUUUCACCAUGUUAAAUAAGAUCUAUAGUUGAAUAAAAAGAUUAUAAUUGUGAAUUUUAAGAUUCAAUUUGUUAUAGUUGUUUAUCUUAAAUAAUCAAAAAGUUAACUGAAGGAUGUUAAGAUGUUCUUAAAUAUUUUAAAUAAAUAAAAGAAUUUAAUUGCUAAUAACCUUGUCUUAAAUCUAGAGAAUGUGGACAUAUUUUUUAAUGCUAAAAUCUUUGUUCUGAAAUUUGCACUCCAUGUGAAAAAAUGGUUGUAAAAACAUUAGAGUGUGGUCAUGAAUAUUAAUUUUUAUGCAAAGACAAACUUGAUUAUUAAUAAAAUUUCAAAUGUAAGAAACAGUGUAUACGAGAAUAUCAAUGUAAUCAUCAAUAAAAAUGCGAUAGAUUAUGCUUUGAAAAAUGUCCUCCCUGUAAAGAAAAAGUUGUUAAAUAAUUAGAAUGUGGUCAUAGUAUCAAAACCUAAUGUUUUCAGAACAAAAAAUGUUAAAAGGUAUGCAAAAAAUAAAGAUAAUGUGGUCAUAACACUCCUUGCUAUAAUCAAUGUGGUGAUGAAUGUUCUCCUUGUCCAUAAAAAAUAUAAAAAACAUUUGAAUGUGGACAUUAGAUGAAUAUUCAAUGUUUUUAAACAUUUAUUGGAUGUCAAAAUCCAUGUGAAAAAAUAAGAUCAUGCGGACAUUAUUUUAAAUGCCUUAAUUAUUGUUCUCAACCUUGUAGUCCUUGCUAAAUUGAAGUUUUACAUAAAUUAUCUUGUAAUCAUUAAAACCUUAUUAAAUGCUAUACUUUAGAUAAUGAAGGCCAUAUAAAAUAAGAGUAUUAGCAAAAAUGUGAAGUUUGCCAGCUUUGA